AUGCCGGGCCGCCUGAUGCGGAGCCUCUGGCAGCGAUGGCGCCGUUACAGGUACCGCUUCGUACCCUGGAUCGCGCUGAACCUAAGCCACAACCCGAGGACCCUCCGAUAUGUUCCAGAAGAAUCCAAAGACAAAGUUAUCUCAGAUGAAGAUGUCCUAGGAACAUUACUGAAAGUUUUCCAGGCUCUAUUCGUAAAUGAUUUCAGUAAACAAUCAGAUAUCUUGACUGUGCUUCCAGAACCUGUUAAAUCAAAAUAUCAAGACCUACUGUCAGUUCAGCAUCCAAGGGUGAAACAGCUUGAAUACAGACAUCAGCAGCAAAAUACCUUUACGUCAGAAGAAAUUCUUUAUAAGACAUUGGGUUUCAGUGUUGCCCGAGCACCUAGCUCAUUGAUUUCUGCUGGAAAAGGUGUCUUCGUUACUAAAGGAUUGGUACAGAAAGGCGCGGUUGUAUCUAUGUAUCCCGGUACAGUAUAUCAGAAGUACGAGCCAAUCUUUUUCCAGUCCAUUGGAAAUCCGUUUAUUUUUAGAUGCCUAGAUGGGGUACUCAUUGAUGGAAAUGACAAAGGAAUAUCAAAAGUCGUGUAUAGAUCUUGCCAUGGGAGGGAUCGACUUGGCCCUUUAAAAAUGAGUGAUAGUACAUGGCUAACAUCAGAAAUUCAUAAUCCAUUGGCUAUAGGACAGUAUGUGAACAAUUGUUCAAAUGACAGAGCAGCUAAUGUCUGUUAUCAGGAAUUUGAUGUGCCUGCAGUUUUCCCUAUAGAACUGAAGCAGUAUCUUCCAAACAUUGCCUACAGCUAUGACAGACAAAGUCCACUACGAUGUGUCGUUCUUGUUGCACUCAGGGACAUUGAACAAGGAGAAGAGCUUUUUUCAAACUACUAUACAAUUGUCAGCUAA